AGAGGUGAGAUGAAGAAUCAACGAGGAGGGCUUAUCACGAAGAGAUGCAUCAUCCAAACAGGAGAGAAGAGGGGCUCCUCGCUUCUCCUCCAGCCAAACGGGCCAUUUCCCCGCCGUCGUCGUCCUCCUCCUUCCUCCGUUAGGGUUUAAUCUGUCCUCCAUAGACUUAUCUCUGCAACGCAGUCCCCGACACAUGUCGAUCUCCCAGGACUUGUACCCCAGCCAAGAUGACCUCCUCUACGAAGAAGAGCUCCUUCGUAACCCCUUCAGCCUCAAGCUAUGGUGGCGGUACCUGAUCGCUCGCAGCGAGUCUCCCUUUAAGAAACGCGCAGUCAUAUACGAGCGAGCCCUCAAAGCCCUUCCCGGAAGCUACAAGCUCUGGUAUGCCUACCUGCGCGAACGCCUCGAGCUGGUCCGAAACCUUCCCGUCACGCACUCGCAGUACGAAACCUUGAACAAUACAUUCGAGCGAGCGUUGGUAACAAUGCACAAGAUGCCCCGCAUUUGGAUUAUGUACCUCCAAACCCUGACGGAGCAGAAAUUGCUCACUCGGACUCGCCGGACCUUCGAUCGAGCCCUCUGUGCGCUGCCCGUGACCCAGCACGAUCGGAUUUGGGAACCUUACCUCGUGUUCGUAAGCCAAAAGGGCGUCCCAAUCGAGACUUCUCUUCGGGUUUAUCGGCGGUACUUGAAGUAUGACCCGUCUCACAUUGAGGAUUUUAUCGAGUUUCUUGUAAACUCUAGCCUUUGGCAGGAAGCGGCGGAGAGGUUGGCGGGGGUGUUGAAUGACGAUACUUUUUUCUCAAUAAAGGGCAAGACAAAGCAUAGGCUCUGGUUGGAGCUCUGUGAUCUGCUAACGCGGCAUGCCACCGAGGUUUUGGGGUUGAAUGUGGAUGCAAUAAUCCGUGGUGGGAUUAGGAAAUUCACGGAUGAAGUGGGUAGGCUUUGGACUUCAUUAGCAGAUUACUAUAUUAGAAGGAAUCUGCCGGAGAAGGCAAGAGAUAUAUUUGAAGAGGGCAUGACGACUGUGGUGACCGUGAGGGAUUUUAGUGUGAUUUUUGAUGCAUACUCGCAGUUUGAAGAGAGUAUGCUGGCGUAUAAAAUGGAGAAUGUGGAUGAGAGUGACGAGGAGGAAGAAGAUGGCAGGGAAGAAAUUGAUGGGGACGAGGUUGAGGAUAUUCGUUUGGACGUGAAGCUUUCAGUGGCUGAGUUUGAGAAGAAGAUUCUUCUUGGGUUUUGGUUACAUGCAUUCAAUGAUGUUGAUUUGAGGUUGGGUCGGUUGGAACACCUCAUGGAUAGAAGGCCAGAACUGGCCAACAGUGUACUCCUCCGACAAAACCCUCAUAAUGUUGAGCAGUGGCAUAGACGAGUGAAGCUGUUCGAAGGUAAUCCGACAAAACAGAUACUCACUUAUACUGAGGCUGUGAGGACAGUUGAUCCCAUGAAGGCAGUGGGAAAACCUCAUACUUUGUGGGUCGCUUUUGCAAAGCUUUAUGAGAACCAUAAAGACAUUUCGAAUGCCAGAGUGAUUUUUGACAAGGCUGUGCAAGUCAAUUACAAGGCAGUGGAUAAUCUGGCUAGCGUUUGGUGUGAAUGGGCAGAGAUGGAAUUGAGGCACAAGAAUUUUAAAGGGGCAUUGGAGUUGAUGAGGCGUGCUACAGCUGUGCCAUCAGUAGAGGUCAAACGUAGAGUUGCUGCUGAUGGCAAUGAACCUGUGCAGAUGAAGUUGCACAAGUCUUUGAGACUUUGGACCUUUUAUGUUGACUUGGAGGAGAGCUUGGGUACAUUGGAGUCUACUCGUGCAGUUUAUGAACGGAUAUUGGACUUAAGAAUAGCCACGCCACAAAUUAUAAUAAACUAUUCAUUGCUUUUGGAGGAAAAUAAGUACUUUGAGGAUGCAUUUAAGGUUUAUGAAAGAGGAGUAAAGAUAUUCAAAUACCCACAUGUAAAAGAUAUAUGGGUUACUUAUCUCUCUAAAUUUGUUAAAAGAUACGGGAAAGCGAAAUUGGAACGAGCAAGAGAGUUGUUUGAGCAUGCUGUUGAAACGGCUCCUGCUGAGGCCGUGAAGCCUCUGUAUCUACAGUACGCCAAAUUUGAGGAAGAUUAUGGUCUGGCAAAACGUGCCAUGAAAGUUUAUGAUCUGGCUACAAAGGCUGUUCCAGUCAAUGAGAAACUGAGCAUGUACGAAAUCUACAUAGCUCGUGCUGCUGAAAUUUUUGGUGUGCCAAAAACAAGGGAAAUUUAUGAGCAAGCAAUACAGUCUGGUCUUCCAGACAAAGAUGUGAAGACCAUGUGCAUGAAGUAUGCAGAGCUAGAGAAAAGCUUGGGAGAAAUUGACCGAGCACGUGGAAUAUAUGUAUAUGCCUCUCAAUUUGCAGAUCCACGCUCUGACACUGAUUUAUGGAAUGAAUGGCAUGAUUUUGAGGUUCAGCAUGGAAAUGAGGACACCUUUAGGGAAAUGCUCCGCAUCAAACGGAGUGUUACUGCUAGCUAUAGCCAGACACAUUUCAUUCUCCCGGAAUAUUUGAUGCAAAAGGAGUCAAAGAUGAACUACGAUGAGGCAUUGGAUAAGUUGAAGGCAGCUGGAGUUCCUGAAGAUGAAAUGGCUGCCUUAGAAAGGCAGUUAGCACCUGCAGAUGACAAUGCUGAUGACAAUGCUGCUGCCGCUAAAGAUGGCAGUAGAAAAGUGGGCUUUGUGAGCGCUGGGGUGGAAUCACAAGCUGAUGGGGUGCGAAAAGUCUCUGCAAAUCUUGAAGAUAUUGAGCUACCGGAAGAAAGUGAAUCGGAUGAAGAUGAAAAAGUUGAGAUCAUGCAAAAGGAUGUGCCAUCUGCUGUUUUUGGAGGUUUGGCCAGGAAGAGGGAAGAGACUGAAGAUGGAGAUGGGGAAGAUGGUGCUGCUGUGGAUGGUAAAAAUGGCGAUAGCCAUCUUGGGGCCCUUGAGAGGAUAAAAAGGCAAAGACGAGCCUGAUUGUAUGUUGUGCCAUUAACAUCUUAGGUGUAUACUGUAUAUAUUUUUUUGGUAAUUCAGUGUAUUAUUUGGGUUAGUUAUUCCGAAAAGAAAAGGAAAGUUUCUAGCCGGUAA